GGCAGAAAUUCUGUAAUGCUGUCGCCCACUUCUGAAGGUGCUGUCGCCCAUUUGUGAAAGCAUAGAAAGGGGCUUCCGUCCGAUAGAUUACCGGAUUAGUCGAAUUGAGGAAAUUUUAGGAUUCGAUUCUAGCAAUAUGGCCUACGAUUUGUAGAUCUUUUUAAUUCUAACCAAGAAGAUAGUACGAAAGUUUUAAAUAACUCAAGAGGCAGCGUCGAGUGAAAAAUUGAUUAAUAAUUCGAGGCACAGACGAGUAAGCAUUUGGGGUUGCAUUUGGGAGUGAGAGGCACAACGAUUCUAGAAUAGUUCUUUGGUUUAGUUUAAGUUAUUAUGGAUUGUGGAAUAAUUAGAAUUGAAGAUCUAUUUGCUAUGACUUAUUGCUAUUAAAUUUUAUGUUGGAUUUUAUGAAGUGAGAAUUAAGUGUUUUGGAUUUGACCAACUUCUCGUACAUGUUAAUAAAGAUGGAGUUUCUUAUAGAAUUUAAUUUUAUUGCAUUUGGACACUAAAAGUUGUUUAGUUAAGAUAGUCUUACACAUUUAUGGGGUCAUCCCUAUAGAUGUGUGGCGUUUGUUACGUCUUGACCUUGGGGUUGGGGCGUGACACUCUCUAUGCUCUUGUUUGCACUAUUGUUGAGAAAUGGUUUGAAUCAAAAGGCCUUAACAAUAUACUCUAAGGUGUUGGACUUUCUAAAAGAACUGAAACAACUCAUGUCAUAUUGAAUUAUAUGUGGAACUAGAAAGGGAAAGUGACUUAAUAAUUAUAGGUUUUUAUGUUAUUUUAUUUUUAGGAAUUUAUAAAGUUGAGAUAUUCUUAUUCUCUAUUCAACUUAGUCUUUCUCUCUCUUUUCUUUUUUUCCCUUAUGAAUUGUGUUGAAGUUGGUUUUUGAAUAAAACUCAUUUUUAAUG